ACAGUCGUGAUUUAAAAUAUAAAUUUCAUUCUGCUCUGAUUAUAAUAUUACAAGGAACUUCGUUUACAGGAAUCUACUGGAAAUAUAUCUCUGGAAAAUAGACAUCUUCAACAUAAUACGAUGAAGGGCAUUCAGUGUACCCUGUUGCUGUUGCUGGGAUUAAUUUCAGCGUGGUCACCACCUGUUGGCUCUCAGGACAGUAAUGAGAAGUCCGCACACGUCCAUACGGGACCAGGAGACACAGUUCGGGUGGACAUGUUGCGCCGGCACGGUGCGGAGGAAGCACCGUCUGCAUCCGCUCACCCGUUCUAUAUCAAGUCCAACAUCCUCCGUAGCGAUUCUACCAAGAAGGGACAGGCGUUCCAGAUGAAGCAGACGGAUGAGAUGCGGCAGAAGAAGGAGAAGAUUCUCGGUGGUGUAAACCUCCAAGAGGAAUACGCCAAGAGAAAUGGGGGAAGCAUGGUUAUGUAAUAUGAAGCUGGGCAUGUGGUUAUAAUAAAUAUAAAUAAUAAAUAAAUAUAAACGAUAAUUAUUCUAUGGAUUUGUGGGAGGGGGGCAGUGGCGGACCGGAAUCUUCUGGCUAGAGGAAGGGGCACAAAACAGAAAAUAUUCUGACAGGCGGAAAUUAGAAAAUAAGAAGAAACAAAUCAGAAGAAAA